AUGAGUGAAUCGGUCGAUACAUUAUUCAACAAGGCCAUAGAUACCAUCCAGUUGCUUUCGAGCAACAAACAUUACCUCCCGCGGCCGCCCAUGGAGAGCAGAAUCAAGCUGUAUGGACUGUACAAGCAGGCUACACAGGGCGACUUGAGAGAUCUGGCAAACGUUCCAGAAUCAGGAGUGGACAGACUGAAGUACGAAUCAUGGCUGGCCAAUCAUGGACUUGAUCCCACACUGGCCAAAGUGCAAUACGUUGCCUGUCUAUUGGGCACAAUGAAGCUGUACGAGAACGAUGAAAAUUUCCGGGACUCGAAGCUGCUUUUUGACGAGCUUGAGUAUCUAUGGGACCAGUUCAAGGAAGGAGAUAACGAUCAGGCGUACCACCAGUCGCGCGACCGGUACGAGCUCGUGAAAUGGCAGAACAACGUGAACUACAGAUUGAACCAGCUGACGCGAUUGGUCGAGGAAACACGCAGGCGUCGUAUCCCGGCUGAAGAGACGCCGCGUCCAUCGCGGCUUGCUUGGAAACGCUGGAUUUUGGAGUUAGUGGUGAUGUACUUUUGUUGGAAACACAACAAGGAGUUGGUGGAGUAUGCAACUAAGCUCAGGACGCUAUUGAACAGGCUUUACGUAAUAUAUUUGAAAUAA